AUGGUCAUGUGCAGAAGAAGUAAUGGCCGUGAUGGGCGUUUCAGCAAAAUCGUGGACCAUGAAUUCGCACUUAUACCAGACAUCAAUGGGAAUUUCUUUCAAAUAAACGUUACUCAACGAGAACUGGAAUACGCUACAAUGCGUAAAACUGACUACCAAGUCGACUUUUAUGUUUUCACAAAAUGUUACCCUGACAGCGGAAAGCCUGUGAUUGUAGGCGAUGUCACUUCUUUGAACAACUCCAAUUUUGAUCCGAAAAAUCCUACAAGAAUCAUAGUCCACGGUUGGAUGUCGAAUAAAAAUUCGUUUAUUAAUGAAGUAUUACCAAAAGCAUAUCUCGAAAAAGGGGAUUUUAAUGUAAUAGUGGUAGAUUGGAGUGAUGCCGCCGAAAACUACGACUACUUUGCAGCCCGGAAAGCAAUCGGUAAAAUAGGAAGGAAAAUUGCUAAAUUGAUAGAUUUUCUUAACUCUCAUGCAAAAACUGAUCCAAGGACGGUCUAUUUGAUUGGCCAUAGUUUAGGAGCUCACGUAUGUGGUGUCGCAGCGAAACAUAUAAAAUCUGGUCGUCUGGGUUUACUCAUAGCUCUUGACGCCGCUAUGCCACUUUUCUCUACAUACCAUAGUGACCGUCUCACCAACUCAGUUGCCGACUAUGUUCUAAGUAUUCAUACGAAUGGAGGUUUCAAAGGUAUCCUUGAACCAAUUGGCCACGCAGCAUUUUACCCAAAUGGGGGCAAGACGCAACCAGGAUGUGGUUUGGACCUGUUCUAUGUUUGCGCACACCGAAGAUGUGUCGAAUAUUUCGCUGAAUCUAUUGCACAUGGAAAUAUUGGUUUCAUUUCAAAUAAAUGCUCUGUUUUGAAAUUCUCAGAAACAAUGGACUUUCAUGUGGCGAAUGAUAGUAGCGGUAACGAGUUAUUCAAUUUCUUGGCUGACAGCAACGGAAAAUUCUAUCGGCUCAAUGUAUCUCAGCGGGAACUGCAAUCUCCAACUGUAUACAAAACAGCCGACAGCAUUGAAUUUCUCCUUGUGACUCGGAAUUAUCCUAACGAGAUGAGGCCUAUAGUUAUAGGCGAUGUUCAGUCCUUAUGCAGUUCAAAUUUCAAUCCAGAGCAUCCUACAAAAAUCCUAGUACAUGGAUGGAUCGCCAAUAGAAGUUCCCCCAUCAAUCAUAUCUUACCUCAGAGUUAUCAUCAGAGAGGCGAAUAUAAUAUCGUAGUUAUGGAUUGGGGAGAUAUUGCUUGGAAUUAUGAUUAUAUUACAGUUCGACGAAGUAUUGGUAAAGUUGGAAGGCAACUGGCUAAGUUCAUAGAUUUCCUUUAUUCAUACGGUGGAGCCCAUCCAAGUGGGUUAUAUCUGAUUGGCCACAGUCUCGGAGCCCACAUAUGCGGUAUUGCAGCAAAGCAUGUACGUUCUGGUCGUGUAGGGGUAAUUAUAGCUUUAGAUGCAGCAGGACCGCUUUUUUCCACUUACCAUCAGGAUCGUUUAACUAAAUCUGUCGCUGAGUAUGUUCAAAGCAUCCAUACCAGCUCGAUGGGAAUAUUCGAGCCUAUUGGACAUGCAUCCUUCUAUCCAAAUGGAGGGAAAGAUCAGUCAGGAUGUAAAACAGGAUUCGGUGGUAUGGGCUGUUCACAUAAUAAGGUUUUGAACAUUUUCGGUGAAACCUUAACGGGAGAACUGGUUAAUUUCAUGUCCCGAAGGUGUGGUAGUUUACGCGACUUGAAUAGCAGAAAAUGCUUGAGCAAUGAAGAAGGAGCUUACAUGGGUGGAGAUCCUGUUAACACACAAUGUUGGGGAAUAUUUUAUCUAAAGACUAAAGACCCACUUGAAGGAUCCACCUAA